AGAAGGCAAAGAAAAAGGUAAGGAUGUGGAUGAAAGACCUGCUUACAUGGAUGACUUUGAUGAUGAUUUUGGUCAGUACAUGAAGGGUGAGCAUGAUGUAGAUCUUUUCCCUGAAGAAGAAGUUUUUACUCCAGUAGAUACUAGCAAAAUGGAGGUAAAAACUAGAUUUGCAAAUAAGGAAGCAUUUAAGAAACAUCUCAGGGGUUAUUGUGUUCUUAAUAAGUGUCAAUAUAUUUUGGAUAGAAGUGCUCCCUCUAGAAUUAAGGCUGAGUGUAGGUUUAAAACAGAACAUGAUUGUCCUUGGUUUGUGUAUGCUAGCAAGAAAGAGGGUGAGAAGACUUUUGUUCUUAGGAAAGUGAAUUUGGAACAUAAGUGUGAAGGGGAUCCCCAAAAUAGGAAUAGAUCUGCUGAUCCUCAUUUUGUAAAGGAUUUUGUUCUUGAUCAGAUGAAGAAUAAGCCUAAAAAAGUUGUUCCAGACCCUUAUAAAAUCAAGGAAGACUUCUUAGCUGAAAAGAGAGUAAAUAUACCAUAUCAGUGUGCAUGGAAGGCUAGGAAUCUAGUUUUAGACAAUGAAGACUUCAUAUGA